GCUGUCUGAUCAUCGAUCAUAUUAGUGUACUAAGGUGUUUCGCGCUUUUGCAGUUCAAUCUAGAUUGCAGACGAAGCAAACAGACGGUGUGUGGCCAAUACCUGAGCUGACUGUUCUAUUGUAAAGCUGAGUUUUGAAUGAGCAUUUGUUGACACUGUCAGGUCAAUAUCAGAAAGCUGUCCGGAUUUGGAGACAGAGUGCAGCUCUGCGGCGACAAAUUCACAGAUGAGAGGAAUGUUGCGCAUAUGAAGUUAUGGAUUUCAAAAAGACUCUGAUUACUUCCAGAACCAAUUUUUUGGAGAUUUGCUAGGGGAUUUUUAAUUUUUUUUCCCUAAACUUUUUUUUUUCCUUGCGCGCGGGGAAUUAGUUUUAACUUGAAACCGUAAUUUCAGAACCAAUCGUCCAAUAAUGUUCCAGCACAAAAAGUGUUUCACAAUUGAAUCUCUGGUCGGAAAAGACUCGAACUCCGCAAGCGCCGGAGAUGAACCGAUUCGCCCGACUGCUUUGCGGUACACUGAAUCUGUGCAUCCGGCUCCGUUCGGCAGCUGUUUUCAGAACUCGGCUCGGUCGCUGUACGGGAACGUUAACGCGGACAUGAUGUUCCCAGAUCCGAGCUCCCACUCGGCCAACUCUGCGCUGGCGCUGCGGCACCUGCCCAUUCCCACUCAGCCCUUCUUCAGUCCACACCAGCGGGACAGCCUGCACUUCUACCCCUGGGUGCUCAGAAACCGAUACCUUGGACACCGCUUUCAAGGUGAGGACAGCAGCCCAGAAAACCUGCUGCUGCAUGGACCAUUCUCACGUAAGCCCAAGCGCAUCCGCACAGCCUUCUCCCCCUCACAGCUGCUGCGACUGGAGCGCGCUUUUGAGAAGAACCACUACGUAGUGGGUGCGGAGCGUAAGCAGUUGGCCAAUGGCCUCUGCCUUACUGAGACCCAGGUAAAGGUAUGGUUUCAGAACCGGAGAACCAAACACAAGAGGCAGAAACUGGAAGAGGAAUCACCCGAUCUGCAGCAGAAGAGAAAGGGCAACCAGCACGUGAAUCGCUGGAGAGUAGCUACUCAGCAGGGCAGCGCGGACGAUAUUGACGUCAUUUCCGAGGACUAAUGUCAUGAAAGCAUGUACAAUAACUCUCUGCAGCUCAGUCAUAGUUAGUGGGAAAAAGCAGACAAGAAAUAAUAAACGAACUACGCUAAUACCAUUCGAGUUCCAGACCAUGUCAGAAUCGACUUGGCUGUUAAAACUAAGGAAAGGAAAUCUGUGCUGUCAGCUGAAAAUGAUGUGUGAGCGGACACAGCGAGGAUGCCUCAGCUUGAACUGCUCCAAAAGAUUUGAAUCCAAGACUUUUCGUAUGCAAUACAAACAGACCUCUACAGUUUGGGACUCCAAUCACAGAGCAUCAAAGAGCGUCUUAUUUUUCACUCCUCCGCUACCGUCCACUUGAACAUUUCCAUCUCAAUGUAUGUUUGCUCUGAUUAAGACAACAUUCUGAUGGAUGAUUUGUUUGUUUUGUACUGUUUAAUUGUCAAACUGCUCAACCACGUAGUUUAAUUCUCUACCGAAGUCAAACUCUCAGCCUUAGAUGUACAUUGAGAUAUUUUGUGGAUUUCUGUGUUAUGCAAUGUUUAAAAAAAAUGUCUUUUACCCUCAGUAAUGAGCAGCAGGUUUUUAAUGAACAUAUGGCAUUGACACAGAUCUGACAGAUUUCAGUCUCCUGUUAUUUGCAGUUGAACACUUAACAAAAUAUUUUAUUUGUUCAGAAUGAGCAAACUUUUCUAUGCAUUUUGAGUGCCAAGUUUCACUGACAUCAGGGUUUAAGCAAGAAACCUAAUUUGUUGUUAAAUGUCUUACUAUGUAAAACAGUUUUUUUCCCUUUCACUUUUAUGACUCAAAUUUAAAAGGGAAAAAUCAACAGAAAGAAUAUAAUUAACUAAUUAAAAAAUGAUGAAAUCAUUUCAUGAUGAAAAAGAGAACAUUUGUAAUGUAUCGUUAAAGGUCCAGAAACAGUUUGUAGCACUUCAUGACCGAAUUUUGGUUUAAUGAGGACAAGAGAUUGCACUGUAGCCCUACCAGUUCAUUUCUAUCUGUUGUCUUGAAAUUCUUGUUUUGUAUUUGUUUCCUGUUUCCUGCAGAUUAUUAGAUAAUAAAAAAAAAAUCAUUGAUCCAACUAAAGGAUUAUUCAUCACUUUUCCAUACCUGGUAAAUAAGUAAACUGUUAAAAUUGUUUAUAGUAUAGGUUUUUGUAAUCAUCAAAAAAUAUUUUUUUGAUUUUUCUGUUUUUGUUGCUCAUUAAAUAUAAAAACACUUGUUUGCCUUAAUUAAUUAAUUAAAUUUAUCUACUUGGUUAGUGUAGAAACAGCAUAGUUGAACAAAUCCAACCCAAACAAUCACAAACCUAUUUAUAUAUAGAAGAAUGUAUAUAUUGAUAAGUGCCAAUAUGCAAAUGAUUUUUUUCUUUUGUUUUUAUAUUGACUUAGCCAUGUUGAAACUGUAGUGAUUUCCUUGCCUGCCCA